UGUGUGUGUGUGUGUGUAUAUAUAUGUGUGUGUGUGUAACUGUGUAUAACCACUAAAGUAUAGAGAGAGAAACCAAGGGGUUGCCUGUGAUUUAGAGAGAGUGUGACUGUGUAAGAAAGUAGAAGACUCACCGUAGAUGGGGUAUUGUUGGCGAUGCGGCGUCGUAAUGGCGGUCUACUUGGCGUUGAUUGCGGUUUCUAUCGUCACACAUUCAGACGGCAGGGAACUCCGGCCGUCGAAUCACGGACUGGCGUACCAGGAAUCGCCGGCGGCGGGAAAGAAUUCGCCGGAAAUGCUGUCGUUCUUCAGAGGGACGACGUUCCCUCCGCCUCAGAAGGUGCCGUUACCAGAGGCAAAGAACAUGAGCGAUGAGUCGUGGUGGAGGGGCUCCUCCGCUGUCGGCGGCGGCCGGAGAGGGGAGGUUCGCGAUCACGUGAGGGAGGCACUGUUGGUGGCCAGCUUGGUGUGCGGAAUCGCUGGUGUCGCUUUGCUAGUUGUCGCGGCUUUUCUCUUUCUCUUUCCGUUCCAAAAGCAAAGAUCCUCAUCAUCACCGUCAACAGCUGAUAAGUAGUGUGAUUGCUCAGUGUGCUACUGUCUCUUUCAGUGUUAUGUUUUUUUUUAUGAAAUCAUGUGCAUAUAUAUAUAUUUUAGGCUUCUUUGUUUUUGUUUUUGUUUUUGUUUUUAAUUGUUUUUCCUAAAUACUUCUUUGUUUUUGUUUUUAAUGGUUUUUCCUAAAUACUUCUUUGUUUUUGUUUUUAAUUGUUUUUUUUAAUUAUAAAUUGUUUCCAUUCUCAAUCCUUACUUGAGGGCUUUAGUGCAAUGCAACUAUUAACAAUUGACCUAGCAAUGGUUUUUAUUUUUUUGUUUCUUUAAAUGAAUUGAUUUUGAUAUCAUUUGUGAUGUGUAGGACGAUUUGUCAUUCAAUCUACAAUUUUAAAUUAUUAAAAGAUGUUAGGUACCGGCUCUUAUAAAAGUUCAAGAUGAUCUUAUCCUAUUGAGGGUGAAACAAGAUGGCUGAUGUAUCUCUCAACAUGCUUGAUUAUUAAUAAGAGGUUAUGAUCGCUAUUAGAUGUAAUUUACUUCUAUGAAGCUGAUAAUGGAACUAAAUUGGCAUUUGUUGGGAAGGUGAAGAAAGGGUGUUGAGGGUGAAAUUAUUACAAAGAAAGUGUCUCAUAUGGUGGGCCAUCUGAGAAGAAUCAAAAAACUUUUUUUUUUUUUUGACAUAUUUGAGUAUCCUUUAGUCUUUGGACAAUCAUUAGUGUUAGAGAGUUCUAACUUCUAUAACACAAUACAUAUUUCUUUUUUAACAGUAAUUCUUACUGGUUUCAAAUCUUCAUUCACUUCUUUUGUGCAAAAAGGUGCAUCUACAUUUUAUCCCUUUUUUA